GCUCCUCCUUCAUGCUCUCAUUCAAUCCCAAUCCUUUUGUCUUCUCCGCCGUAGCCAUGUCAGGCUCACACCAAUCCGAACGAACGCAUUCUUCCCAAAAUGCCCCCAUAUCCACCGAAAAUUACCCAGUGCCACUGUCCCCUCCGCUUCCCCCAAUCUCGAAGGAAAUCGAGCUGAACAGGGCCAUGACCGCUGCUUCUAAGUCAAGCCUCUUUUCUCUCUCAACCACCGACGUUCUAUACGACGACGAAUGGCUCCUCGCAGUUAACAAGCCUCAGGGAAUUUAUUGCGAGAACUUGCUUUCCUCCCUCGUCUCCCAAUCACCGGAAACCGCGCCGGAGCUUCACCUCGCAAAUCGACUUGAUCGCGACACCAGUGGCGUAAUGGUAAUAACCAAGUCACACAAGGUGGCGUCUAAGCUUGUGAAGGCCUUCACUAAUCACGAGGUUAAGAAAACAUACAUUGCCCUCUGCACGGGUUCUCCUCCGAAUUGGGAACGGGUAACCGUGCGAUCCGGUCACGGAAGGUCCAAAUUCGGCGCCUGGAGAGUGUACGCUGCUUCUGAUGUUGGUCGCACGCUACCGGGCGGGUCGGUUGUCCGUGCCAUGGAGACUUCGUUUGAGGUGUUAUCGAUAAACGGAAAGGGAAGGUUCAGGAAUGUCUCUGAAUCGGAAUUGAGGAACGACGAAGAGAGCAAUGUUUUGGUAGUUGAAGAGAAAGCGGUGAAGAAAGAUGAGAACGAGAAUGAGGAUGAUAAUGAGAAUGAGAUAGUGAUGAGAGCGUAUCCUCGGAGUGGAAGAACUCAUCAAAUUCGGUUGCACUGUCAAUAUCUAGGGUUUUCCAUAAUAGGAGAUGUGAAAUAUGAGGGUGUGUACGAGUGGAAAGGUAGAACUUAUGAUGCACAUCAUCUUCAUGCCGAGACCUUGUCAUUUGAACAUCCUGUUACUGGUCUUCAGGAUAAGCUACGUGCACCUCUCCCACUAUGGACCAACCAAGCUUUUCAGCCUUAAACGAUGCACCGUGUUGUGUGGAUUUUGUUUGGUUUCUAAAUCUCUUCUAAAUCACCGCAGAAUCAAGCAGGACAAUUGAGUUGUCAUUUCUAACAGCUCUGCCUCUGAUUCCCCAAGUAAUGUCAUUCAUGUUUGAUAUUACUGUGUACGUUAUUUACUGCAAUCUUCAUAGGAAACAAAUUUUGAAAAGGUUUGCUGAUGGAGAUUUCUAGGUGCUUCAGUAAUAGGCCACGUUUUGAUGGAUGAAAAGAGAUGGAAUGCAAAGAUGUUGAUUCCGUUGUUUGAAUUGAUCAAAAUACGAUGGAAUGGAACAAAA